GUCCUGUUGCAGCCGCUGCUGCUGUUGUUAUGAUGCGCUGCUGAAGAUGAUCGGACUCGAGCUGUGAGAUCAGACAUGCUGUCCAGCGCGCCGCACACCAGCGGCUUCAUCCACAAACGCGUCCUGAGCGACAGGAAGCUGCAGUCUGAGGCGGCGAGGUUCACCGAUCUCUCCCGAGUCCUUCAGCUGCUGCAGGAUCCGCUCUCAUCCUCGUUAAAAGAAAGGCAGAUUUUCAUCUUGAAGAAGGUGGUAAAGCGAUGCCAGCGUGGAUUUCUUUUGAGGGAUCUCACUGACAUAUUCAAGAUUAUAAACCUUUGUGCCGAAAGAGUGUCCGAUCAUCCGGAAUAUGCCAGGAUCCUCUGUGAUUUACUUCAGAUAUGCGGUCUUCCCUUCCUGAAGGAGAAAUCCUCCGAUGAGAUGAACUACGCCGCUGUGGUGACAGACUGUGUGUCUCAGAUGGGUUAUCUGAUGAGGAUCCCGGUGCCGGAGGUCCGACUGCAGAUCUGUUCGUCUGUGAUCGCCUUCUACAGCCGCGACAAACACAAACCCAGCUUUGAUGGCGUGUGUCCCACUCGUCUGGACUACAGGGCUCUGAUGGUGGAGCGCAGCGGUCUGGCCGAGACGCUGGUCAUGUCUCUGGCUCUGAUGGAGGAGCAGCUGCCGGUCAAACUGCGUCUCCUGCAGACGCUGCAGAUCCUGUCCAGAACAUCAGAAGUCAACUGCGGUCUGAUGCUGAGAGCUCAGGCCGCGCAGAAGAUCUGUUUCCACAUGAGCGAAGGCGACCCGUCCGGACAGCUUCUCUUCAGAUCCUCCGAGAUCCUGUGGAACCUGCUGGAGAACGGCUCUCGAGAGGAAGUGACGGCGCAGCUCAGCAACGCCGACUGCAUCGCAUCUCUGAAGGACGCGUUUCUCCAUCUGCUUCUGAACGGUUUCCGUCAUUACGACCGUCAGCUGAGGAACGACCUGCUGGUGCUGCUGUCUCUGAUCGCCGAGAAUCCCGGCGCUCCUCUGAUCGAGAGCGGCUUCAUCAAGCAUCUCACGCUGUUCGUCACGUUUCCCGAGCUGAAGAGCCACAAUCCUCUGGUGCGAAACCUCAAACUGUCCUUCAGCCACGAGGACUUUGAGAUGAAGAAGCUCCUGCUGAACAUCAUCGUCGUCCUGUCGAAAGAUCUGGCCGCGCUGCAGCUGUUUAAGGAGGGCCGUGUGAUGCUGGCUCUGAUGCUGCUCAUUAAGCCGAGCUCGUCUGCGGUGCGGAGCGGGAGGCGCAGCUGGACGUCCAGUCAGCAGGAGGAGCUGCAGCUGCAGGCGCUGUCCACUCUGAGCGCACUCGCUCCUGUGAUGCUGGACGACUACAUGACCUGUCAGGCCAACACCUGCCUGCUGCUGCUGCUCGACUGGUGCCUGCAGGACGACUCCUCCAGUGGGCGGGGUCACGGUUUCCACGGCAGCGGAGGCCGUGGCGGGAAGAAGGCUCAGAUGCGCUACUGUGUCCGCGUGCUCAGAUCCGUGGCGUCCGUGGAGAACGAGCCGCUCCAGCAGGAUCUGUGUGAUCAGGGCGCCGUCGGGCAGCUCUUGGGUGUGCUGCGCUGGUUCGUCGGGAGGCCGGAGGAGGAGGACGCUGUGGCUCUGGAGAUUCAGAUGGACUGUCAGCUCGUCCUGUCUGUCCUCUGCGAGGGAGACAUGCACAGGAAGGAGCUGUUCGGCAGCGACGGGGUGGAGAUGCUGAUCCAGUAUCUGAGCCUGGACGCGGCGCUGAUCUUCAGCGGUCUGGGUCAUAAUAAACUGCUGCUGUCCACCGUCGACUGUCUGUGGUCGUGUGUGGUGGGAUGUUUCGUUACGGAGGACGCGUUCGUGGCGGCUCGCGGUGUGGGUCUGCUGCUGCGGCUGCUGCAGCGGAGCCCCAGACGCAUGCUGACGCCGCUGAUGGCCGCGCUGCUGGAGCUGUGUGAGAAUCCGCAGGCCGUCGCGCAGCUGCUGCACUGGAGCGGAGAGAGAGACGCCACUGCACCACAGCUGCUGCUGCACAUCUGGAGGACGGAGGAGGAGCGGAUGGGCGUCACGCGAGACCCGCACGGGGUGAUCGCAGAUGUGAAGCGUCCGAUUGUCUCUCGGCAUCAGGAAGAAUCAUCAUCAUCAUCAUCAUCAUCACAUGAUGUCAGUGCUGCUGUCAGAGACGUGUCAGAAAACCUGCGUGCAAACAUCUACUGCAUCUUCUGCAAACUGGGAUUUGAGGGUCUGUCAGGUUUGAGCGCCGAAGAUCACGUCACGCUCAGCAUCAUCCACCGAUACCUGGACUUCAAGGUGGGUGAGGUUGUGCACGAAGUCGCGACUGAGCUGUCGAACGAGGGAGCGACGCCCGUUCCGUCGGAUGAAGCGGCGCUGAAGAGCAUCCGGGCGGUCAGUGAAGCCACGGCUGAGAGCGUGCGUUCUCUGCAGCAAAGCAUUCUGGGCCGUCGGCAGCAGGAGGAGCAGCAGGAGGAGCGGAGGCUGUAUAAAGAGAUCCGCUUCACUCAUAAGCAGAGAGAGAUCGCAGCAGAGGCCUGGAGAAAUUACGUCGCCAGAACCUCAAACUACAGCGUCCUGAAGGCGUUCAGGCGUCUUCAGGAGCAACGGAGCACCGGCGAACCCGACGCGCCAUCGGACGGCGAGACGCAGGAGCCUCCGAACACGCUCUCAGAUCAAUGAACCAGCCAAUCGCUAUAUAGAGAGAAUACGUAGCCAACUCAGUUCAUUUCAUACCACAUAUAUGCACUGCUGUUCAAACGCUUGCAAUCAUUAAAGGGACAGUACACCCAAAAAAUGGGUGAACUAUCCUUUUGCCUAGCAUAAGCAUCCUAGUGGUCGUUUCUGGACCAGUGAGAUUCUUCUAACAGCAGAAAUGACGAGUCUCGAGUAAAGCCAGAUGUAAACGCUGAAUGUUAUCCGUGAUGACUGUGCAGACGAGCAUUCGAAUAAUGACUAAUAAAUAAGACAGCAG